AUGGCCUACCCAUCCUCCUUUGCCUACACUCAUUUCCCUUCAUCUUCCACAACUGCCGUCGGUCAGACGGCGUUCAACUACGGCGGGAUGGGCACCGCCCUGCCGGCUGUGGCCAUGUUCCCGUCGGCGGCCACGGCUUACGGAAUGAUCCCGCGGAAGAAUCGGCGCGAAAGGACUACGUUUAAUCGGCAGCAACUGGAUGUUUUGGAAAGCUUAUUCGCCCGUACCCAUUACCCUGACGUCUUCACACGUGAACAAGUUGCAGAACAAGUGCAACUUCAAGAAUCAAGGAUACAGGUGUGGUUCAAAAACCGUCGCGCCAAGCAACGCCAACAAGACAAGCAAAAGCCGAAAACCGUCGCCCAAACGGUAGCGCAACAGAAGAAGGAGCAAAACCAACGAGCAGCUGCAGCCGCCGCAGCGGCCGCGAUGACUUCUCCGACUUCCGGCCCGGUGGCGCGCCUACUUCCCACAUCACUCACGAAUACGUCACCAACCCUGCAGCCGGUUUCCUCACCCACCCUAUCUUCUACUGUACCCAUGGUGCAGACGCAAAUCAAAGCCGACCUUGCCGACUCCCCGCACAGCAAUGACUACAACCCGCAGAUUCAAACAAGCCUGGAUAUUACCGCUGAUUCCAAGCCCGCGUUGGCGACGCUGUCCCCAUUGAAGUCGAGCCUAUCCACAAAUCCGUCUCCUAACAACAACUCCAGCCAGGCCGACAAUUCGUGGAGCAGCACGAGCAGCGAGAAUACGGCGCUUCACACAACCGCUACUUCGCAGACCACCCUUCCGGUGUCGCUGUCGGGUACUACAGCGACUAUUAAUAGCUACUAUCCGUUUUAUCCGUCAAGCUACUAUCCGCAGGUAUUCGACCCGACCUACCAAUACUACGCUAAUCAAUACCCAGCCACCAGCUAUGGAACGACCACCAAUUAUUCUGGGUUCUUCACCGGAUCCACUCAA